UUUUUUGUGUGUCUGUUUGUUUUGUUUCCCGCGGAGCGCCAGGGCAGCGAGCGGAGGAGCCGACAUGGGGCGGGCGGCGCUGCUGGCAGCUCUCUGCCUCUGCCUGCGAUGGGUGCCCGCGCCGUGCGCGGCCCCGGCACACGGAGCUGAGAAGAACUUUGAGGGAAUUGAGAGCAAGUUUUCCUUGAGGACGGCCAAGGAGCCCGACGAGGACUCCUGCUACCUGGUUCCUGGGCAAGUGGAAACUCUGGCACACUGCAACUUCAACCACACCAGUAAAACCUUCGUGGUGAUCCAUGGGUGGACGGUGACAGGGAUGUAUGAAAGCUGGGUCCCAAAGCUGGUGGGCGCCCUGUACAAGAGGGAACCUGACUCCAAUGUCAUUGUGGUUGACUGGCUCACUCGGGCUCAGCAGCACUACCCRGUGUCUGCUGCCUACACGAAGCUGGUGGGACAGGAUGUCGCUACCUUCAUUGACUGGAUGGAGGAGGAAAUCGAGUACCCUGUCAACAACGUCCACUUGCUGGGAUACAGUCUGGGUGCCCAUGCUGCUGGGAUAGCUGGGAGUCUGACCAAGAAGAAGGUGAACAGAAUUACUGGGCUGGACCCUGCUGGUCCCACCUUUGAGUACGCCGACGCGCCGACRCGCCUGUCCCCGGACGACGCGGACUUCGUGGACGUGCUGCACACCUACACGCGGGGCUCCCCGGAUCGCAGCAUCGGCAUCCAGAAGCCGGUCGGGCACAUCGACAUCUAUCCCAACGGUGGAGGUUUCCAGCCAGGCUGCAACUUGGGAGAGGCUCUGCGGCUGAUUGCUGAAAAGGGCUUUGCUGACGUGGAUCAGCUAGUGAAAUGCUCMCAUGAACGGUCCAUUCACCUCUUCAUCGACUCCCUCCUCUACGAAGAGAAGCCGAGCAUGGCCUAUCGCUGCAACACGAAGGAGGCCUUCGAGAAGGGCCUCUGUCUGAGCUGCAGGAAGAACCGCUGCAACAAUCUGGGCUACAAGGUCAACAGAGUGAGAACCAAGAGAAACAGCAAAAUGUACUUGAAGACUCGUGCRCAGAUGCCCUAUAAGGUCUUUCAUUACCAGGUGAAAAUCCAUUUCUUUGGGAAGACAAAUACGACCAAGACAAACCAGCCUUUCCUGAUCUCUCUGUAUGGCACUCUGGAUGAGAGUGAGAACAUUGCUUUCACACUGCCUGAGGUUUCCUCGAACAAGACAUUCUCCUUCCUGAUUUACACAGAAGUAGAUAUUGGUGACCUGCUCAUGCUAAAGCUGCAGUGGGAGAAAGACACUUUCUUCAGCUGGUCUGACUGGUGGACUCCUUUUACAUUUGACAUCCAGAGAGUCCGAGUAAAGUCAGGAGAAACUCAGAAAAAAGUGGUGUUCUGCUCCCGAGAUGGCAUCUCGCGCCUYGGGAAGGGAGAAGAAGCGGCGAUCUUUGUGAAGUGCAUGGAGCAGCCAACCAACAGGAAAAGAGGAGGUGCCAAGAAAGCCUCUAAAGAAAAUUCUGCUCAUGAAUCUGCUUAGAAGUAACAAGAAUGGAGAUUUCUUUCUACACUGGGAAAGAGGAGAGUCUAUUCAUCCCAGUGAAAUGGGUCUUCAGAACCAAAUAUAUAGAAGUAUUUAUCUGCUGCUGGCUUUUUUGCCUGCUAUUUCUAGCUAUUCUAGGAGACCUCUUGUAAGGAAGUCUCAGCACACAGAAAGUUGUUACUAACCAUAAAGAUGCAUUAUUCAAAUAGUAUAAAACAAAAAAAAACAAACAAACAAAAAAAAACCACAUCAAAAAAAGAAAACUUGCCAGAACAACUUGCCAAAAGCUUGAGUACUAAGAAGGAAUAAGUAAUAUUGCUUAAUUAUAGUGCCUCGUGAUAAGGUUUCUUGAUAUCAAAUCUUYUAUAGCAAUUUUCUAAUAUUUAUUGAAAAGGAGUAAAGCCUUGUACCUGGCUUUUCUUUCUAACCGAUAUAGUAUUUCAGGAGUAUUCUGAAACUGAACAGAUAUGGGUUUUUGUUUCUGUUGUUGUGUAUUUUUCUUCUAUUUUCUUGCUUGGCUAACUGAAUUUUCUGAAAGUUCAGUGGUCAGAUCUCAUUGUCUUCAAGUGUGUGUUUAGCAAAUGAGUAGAUCUCUUAUGUGAAGAAAUAUCUUUCCUAUUUUUAAUGCUAUAACUCAAAGAUGUCAGGGACUGAAUAUGGGGAUAAAUUUUUUUAGUUUGUGGUUAUGAAUGUGUUACACUGGGGGUAGAUGCCAGUGCUGCUUAUCAAUAGGUAUGAUCUGUUAAGCUAUGUGUUAUUAUGCAGCUUAUCCUGCAAUAAAUACCCAGCUAUAGGACAAGACAGCAGUACCAGUGUCCUAUGCAGAUAUUGCAUUUUUCAUCUGUGCUUUCAUCUCUUUAAAAAAAACGACACCAUCGAACCUCUAACACUGUGCUGAGUUGGGAAGUGCAAAGGAAUCAAGCUACCAGAGACUGCAGGAAAUGGACUUUUCACCUUGUUUGCAUCCCUGAUGCUAAAACCGCGGCAGCUACUCUGCUCUUUGACACUUAACGCCAGUCAUGUAGCUGAGUGGCAGCUGCAUUGGGUUCGGACGUAAAUCAACCUGACAGCUGACAAGCCGCGGUCACGCUCCCCUAUACUGGAAAUCUGAUUUCCAGUGUUUGUGGCAGGGCUGAGUGCAGAGCUGAUGCUUGGAGGUGCUUGGUUUUCCAACAAGAGGUGGGAUUCAGCAAGGAGCAGGAGCUGGGACAGUAGAGAGGCGCCUGGCUGUGUGAUCCACAAAAAUGAGUGCUCUGAAAAACACUUGAAUUAGACAUGCUGUGAGUAGCCAAAAAUAGGUGAAAUGAAGGCUUUGGACCUUUCUUCCUGUGUCUCUCUUUUUUUUUUUUUUUGGCAUGUAUUUUUUUUCUAGUGCCCUGAAAGGUUCAUAGUCUUCAUUUAGCUUUAAAGGGGAUAAAAAAAAAUACUGGGGAUGCGGGAAGGCUGGAAGGUAGAUACUCGGAGAAGUGGUAAUGCGAGCUAUUGAUGCUGACUUUCACAGUCUUUUCCCACAAGUGCAAGAUGGUACAAAGCUGAUGAUUCUCCAACAUCAUCAUUCCAACUUUAAAACAAUGGUGACACAUGUAUGCAUACACAUAUAUAAAGAUAGGUAAAUAGAUAGAUAUAUUUUUAGCCAUGGCUAUUGUUACAUAUAGGGACAAAAGUUCUAAACAGUGCAAUAGUUUGAAUAUUAAUAACUCCAACAUUGCUCGCAUUUGGUUUCCUAACCCAACAGCUACAACAGAGAUAGGAUGAGUCACUGAGGGAGGGSUUGAGUGUUAAGCCACUGCAUUUGAGACUUCUAAAAAUAAAUACAGUGAUUUGUUCCAUACAGACUUAACAUUUUGUUGCAAUUUUCUCCUAAGAUUUGUGAUUCUUUGGAAACAAAACUUGGACAAACAGGUCUGCUUUUAAUACAGGAUCUAAUACAAGCACAUACAGUAUUUGGUCAUCAAAGAAUGAAGGUUCUUGUAUGUGAGGACACAUGAUUUAGCUUUGAAUGUUAUUUAUUAGCU